GGCGAUAUGAAUGCGGGUUCAUUUAUGCUCCAACCACAAGGCCUUAUAAAUACCUAUGCCGUAGGUUAUGCGGGCAUUGGUGAUUAUUUAAAUGUGAUAACGAAACGUUUUAACGACCCUAAUGCGGAUGAUUUCGAUUUAGAAAACGUUUCAUUCACACAAGCUUAUGAUGACACUGAUAUGGCCGCGGUGCGUCAAAGUGAUAUACGCUUGCUUAUCGGUGCGGCGGUGGCAAGUGAAAUGCGUGCUGCGGUUAAAGCCGAAACUGGUUAUGAAUGUUCCGCUGGUAUUGCGCACAAUAAAAUACUCGCAAAAUUGGCUUGUGGCAUUAAUAAACCAAAUAAGCAGACCAUUUUGCCACUGGGGCAGAUACCAAAGUUAUUCGAAACUCUACCGCUUACCAAAAUACAAGGAUUAGGUGGGAAAUUCGGCGAAAAUAUAUGCACCAGCUUGAAUAUACGCUUUUUAGCAGAACUGCUGCCGUUUUCUGAGCAGGAGUUGCAGCGCAAAUAUGAUGAGAAAAAUGGCACAUGGUUGUAUAAUAUUUGUCGCGGCAUUGAUUUGGAAGCGGUCACACCGCGCUUCUAUUCCAAAAGCAUCGGUUGUUGCAAGAAAUUUCCUGGCCGCAAUAACAUAACUGGUCUAAAUACACUGCGUCAUUGGUUGGGCGAAUUGGCUAAUGAAAUUUGCGAUCGCAUGGAAAAAGAUAUGUUGGAGCAUAAUCGUCGUGCCAAACAAAUGGUGCUCAGUUUUAUACAAGACUUUGAGGGUGUAGAAGUGUCUAGUUCACGUUCAGUGCCACUUAAGGGUUACGAUCAAGAGACAUUAACCAAAAGCAGUUUGGAAGUGCUGCAGACGCAUACGAAACAAUUUUUCAAAACCGGCAGCUCAUUGGCUUUGCACAAUCCCAUCAAAUUUUUGGGUAUCAGUGUGGGGAAGUUUGAAACAAUACAAAGUGGACAAAGUAAAUUGCAGGAAAUGUUUGCCAAUAUGGCAGCUAAGAAGAAAAAUGAAACGGUUAAUGAGUUGACAACGACAGACCGCGAGGACAUACAAGAUACACCAGAACCUGUUGCGAAGAAACCGACUUUUAUGCAAAAUUUUUUGCAACGCGAUUCUAAAGCAAAUAAUAAAACAGUUAAUAACAAUGCAAGUGCUACCAAUGUGAAUAUAGAUUUAACAGCAACUAAUAACAAUGCAAGUGCUACCAAUGUGGAUAUAAAUUUAAAAGUGUCCGAAGCAGAGCCGACUGCUGUGAGUUCAAUAAAUGAUACAGCUAACAAUACAAAGCCAACGGAAGUACGUAGCUUCUUUCUGAAUGCUUUAAAGAAGCAAAGAACUAGCGACGAUACAUGCACAUCAACUGCUGUUAAAGAUGAAACUGUGAUUAAUAUGUCCACCAAUAAUAAUGAAGCAGCGCCUAAAGCUGAUAAUUCAAAAAGUUUUUUCGCCAAGUUUUUAAAAAAAGCUGAACCGGAAGACACGCAACAACCAGCAAACACCGAAAACCAUGAGGCAAUGUGCCAAAGCGACAGUGAAAUAGAUUUAACUAUUGAGCCAACACAAGGAAGGGCUGAGGCAACAUUUGAAAGCGGUACAUUAGAUGCCACCCCAAACAACCAUGAUACAAAUGCAAGCGUUGGCUCAUUAGCUACUAAACGCAAAUUUACGGAUUUGCACGACAACUCAACGUCAACCCAAAAAGCACUUAAAAUAGAGUCACAAAUAAUGCCAACGCGUACACCUUCACCAACCUAUGAAGCAACUUAUGCUGAAUUUGCGGUGCCCGAAUUGCGCGCAGAAUUCAUACAGCUGACAAAAUGUGCCACUUGUAAUGCAAAUAUACCCUCCGAUGCACGCUCAAUGCAAUUGCAUCAAGACCAUCACAUAGCCAUGCAGCUUAGCCAACAAAUACGUGACGAGUAUCGCACGGAAGUGAAAACUAAACUCAGCGCACAGAAGUCCACAGCAACUGCAGCCGCAACCAACAAAAAACCAAAAAAGUCACCAGUGCAAUCCACUAAAGCGGCCAACAGCAAAGCUGGCACAAGCAUAACCAAAUUUCUAAAACCCACUGCUACUAGUACAACAACAGCAACUACAACAACAAAUGCAACCUCACUUGUUGCACCUGCUACGGUUGUGAUCGAUCUCUUGGAUGCCACUGUGCUGGAUACGGUGGUCUGUGAGGAGUGCAACUUGCCCAUUGCUACUACUCAAUUGCAAGAGCAUAAAGAUUUUCAUGUUGCAAAAGCUUUGCAGCGUCAACUCAAUAUGUUGGAGGUGCGCACUGUGUCGCCGGUUGCUAAAAAGUCAAACGCUCUUAGUAAUAAAAGCUUGAAUUUAAGUCACGCGAGUGUUAAAACCGCGAAACCCAUAACGCAAUUCUUUUCACAAUCAAAUUGUUAGUUAACUAAGUUAAUACAUAUAUAAGUGUGCUAAGUAAGACAAUAUACAUACAUACAUACAUAAGUGUUCUAAGUAAGCCAGUAUUCAUAUAUGAAAUAUAAGCCGUUAACCAUAUGCCGUUUGAGGAUCACUACAAAUACACAUACAUACAAUUUUCAACUUUCAAAAUCCCAUACAAACAGCAUAAGGUAAGCGUUUUCUUUAUUAUUUUCGUUUAUUUUAAUUUGUUGUGUUUUCAAAUAUGAAAUAUUGAGGUUAGGGUUAUGCCAUGUUUACCAUUUGAUGUCCUGGUGGUAAAAAUAUUAAAUAAGUCAUGUCUUAUAUAGUAAAAUCAAGCAGUAUUAUAAUUUAAAAAUGCAUAUAUGAUUCAAGUAUAUAACUAUAUGAAAUAAACCAAAAAUAAUUAUUUAAGUUAUAUGUACUUGAGAAUUUAGGUUACAACGAAGGUCUAAAUCUUUACAAACACGCUAUUUAUUUACCAUAUUCAAUGUCCCUUUCCCUUCUUAGUGUUGUUGUAAUCUGUUAUGGGGUUAAGGGUAGUCAGAGACACGAAAAAAAUUAAAACUUUCAUGAUUCUGGGCCUGAUCGAAGCUUUUAUUUUUUUAAAAUUACAAAAUGGCGACCUCAGGAAAUUUUUUUCUAGAUUUUCGGGAAAAAAAUCAACAAUUAAUUGGUUUUGAAAAAUCGAAAUUUUGAAAAAAAAAAUCCUUCUAAAAGCUGUAUAAAUUUCAUUAAAAUCUACUGCGCAGUUUUCGAGUUGUACAGUUGUCACCAGUUCAUAGUUUUGAGAAAAACGCACUUAAAGUUGCUUGCAGCUGCCGCUAGUUACAUGCGAAAUUGCAAAAAAAAAAUGAUUUUUUGAAAAUUCUGACUACCACUAAACCCUUAAAUAACAUUCUUGCCUCCCUUAUUCCUAUAGUUCUCUUGUAGAACCCAAACUAAACGGCUAAUCUUUUCUUCAAUAGAAAUACAGUUGAACUUCCCUUACUCGAAUCACCAUAAUCGACAAAAAAACUUCGAGUUAGAGAGGCUUUGAGUUAUGGAAGUUAAUUUGUAUGAGAUUUGAGGUCUAUUGCUAAUUCAAGAGUUCAAGUUAUGGAGGUUAUUUGAUUUAUAGAAGUUCGAGUUAUGGAAGUUCAACUGUAUAUAUCGAUUAUAAAUCUGGUUCCGCUCCGGUCAAGUAGACCUGAUUAUUACGGGAAUUCGACUUCAUUGAUUACAGAUUUGAGAAGGUCUUGUGAUGACUUCAUUUUCUGAGAUUCUCUCAUUUUCAGUUCCAUUUAUCAAAUUAGUUCCUAAUUGUUUUUAAUUUCAUAUUCUAGCUUACAUUUAUUUUUAAGUAGCUUAAAGUAGUUCUUCCACUAACUAUUCCAGAACAUUCACACAGAUAUUUAAGUUUUGAAUUGCCUUGGCAAUUAGUUGCAUUUUUUUUAUUUAUUUUCAUUUGCUUCAUUACAACUUAACGAUUAAAUUUACACUUGAUGUUCAAUGCAUAAGUAGGUGUUAGAACCUCAUCACAGUGCUUUUGAUUGACAAGAUUUUCAUUGUUUCCUUAAAAAUAGCUAAUUUCAUAUCGUUACGUCAUCGGUCCAGAUCACGCGUUCUAAUUGAAGUAUUUGGUAUAGUAUUCAUUGUAGAAAUUGUAAUCGAAAUGACCGUAGUUCUUGUAGUUCUCGUAGUAUUGUUUCAAUGUAUCAUUGUGAUAGAUGCUCACAUCCUUGAAGUAGACGUUGGGCACGAAGAAUUGUGACUCAUCGAUGGGACGAUCGAAUGGAUAACCGAAUGGUUUGCUAUCAACGUGACGUAGUCCGGAAGCAAUGCCACAAUGAUGGGCGAAAUCAAAGUCUGAGGGUUGUUCUACAGUGCCAUCGUAUGGGGAAACGAUGAAGAAGAAUUGUACUGGGAAACCACUCUCCCAACCUUUGGGUAAGAUCAGACGAUCUGGGAAUCCGCAGUGUGGUUCGCUAAUGUCCAAAGGCAAUUCGUAUUUACCGUCGUAGGCAGCCAUCACAUAGUGAUACAAUUCGGUGUAGGUGGUGCGAUCCUUGACAGUCCAAUAGAAUUCUUCAGAUGAACGUUUGAUGACAUUCUCGCCAGCGAACACUUCAUAGACGAAUUCAUCCAAUUCAAAGAUAUUUUUUUUUAUUGUUAUAAUUCAGCGACAUUAUACGUCCGUAUUCGUCGAAUUUAGGUCCCAAGAAUGUACGAAAGACAACCUUCUGUGCCUUAUCGGAUUCGACAGUGAGGUCGUAGUGGAAUGGUUUGUGAUUGAGACGCAUUUGACGAGCGAACAAUGAUUUGUCCCAUACGAUUUGACCAUCAACGAAGACCAUUUUGCCGUUCAACAAGUUGGUGACAUCAAAAUCAACCAAAUCGAAAUAGGUGACCAAUUCACUAACGCUGGCAUCCUUAACUUCAACUCCAGUGGCUUUAAGUUCGUUGUGUGUGUAUGGGUCUAACUGAUAAUUGAAAUGAUUGUAGACAUGGGUCAUUAACUUGGAGAUUCUGUAAAAAAAUGGGUCACGCAUCAUGGUUUCGUAGUUGAGUAAUAUAUCGGGAUAUGCAUCAAUAUCGAAGAGUUUGAUGAAGGUAUCGACAUUCGAUUGCAUGUAAUUUACGAUGUACUCAAUAGAUUCCGGUUUGCGCAUAUCGAUUUUGUGUCCAUCAACGGUGGUGUAGUAUCCAUAGUCGAUGAUAUCAUAGAUACGCUUGAGGUCGCUUUGGAUUUGGUUCAACAUGUCGUAUUUGCCAUAAGAUUGACGAUGGAAGUAAUUGCUGCGUGAACUGAAACCAACACCAUUGUAGGAAAUUAGUUGAGAAUCAUACCCAUAUUUGUAAUCGUGAUUCCAGGAGAAUUUAUCGAUUUCACCGAAACCAUGAGACAAACGUUCGAAAUAGUAACGCCUCAAGAUUUGGUCAACAUUGUACAACCACCAUUCACCACGACGAUUCUUAUUCAAACCGAAAGUUUCACCAUCCAAGAAGAAAGCGUAAUCCAUGUUCAAGUAGUACCAGUAUGAAUUCCAACCCAAAUCCUCAGUGAAGUAAGACAAGGCAGAGUGUUCGUUGUAGUAUUUAAUGUCACGUGUGUAGUCAACCGGAUGCCAGAACAUGUUGAUAUUCUUCAAUAAUGACACAUAUUUAUCGUCGGAAACAAAUUCGUACGAGUUUUCACGUAGAGGGUAGCUCUUCUCGACAGCGUACCACUGUUCACCCAGACCCAUAAGUCUCCACCAUUGGUAAAUUUUGAAGUCCUUGACAUAGAAAUAGCCCUGAUUGUAGUAACGGCUCUCCUUGUGGUAGACAUCGUACAAUUCCUUCUCGUAUUGAAUGUAUUUACUCCAGGUCUGGUAAUCGAAUUUCUCAGCUUCGUAAAUGAAUUUGCUAUUGAAGAAAUAUUGUGGGAAUAUUUCAUAGAUGGAUGGUAAUGUCAGACCCUUGAAGUCAAUACGAUGAAUAACGGCCAAAGUCAAAGCAUAGACGAACAUGCCUUCGCUGACAUGGAUGCGAGCCCAUGCGACAUUGGCUUGGAAGGUUUCCCAAUCCUUGGCGUAGUAGAAGAAGUUGAAAAGGCCGUAAGCUUGUUUGUAGUGUGUCUUAACAAGCGCACCAAAGAAUUUUCCUCUAGGCAAGAGUGCACCCAUUUUGUAGGAUUCGUAGAAUUUCUCCAUAUGAUGAUCGUAGUGCUGAAAUCGCAAGAUGUAUGCGUAUAUAAUAUUAGCUUCUUGUGGGGAGAAGUGCAUUCGAAAUUAACUGAAGCUUACGGUGUAAUGUGCCUUGUCAUAGACGAAGGCGUGUCCGGUCUUGAUAUGCUCCUCGAACAUCAGUGGAUCCUCUAUGCGGUACAAUAUUUGAAAGAGAAACUUCUGUUUUUCCAAGAAUUCUCGAUCUGCCACUGUAACAUUAUUGGGCGUAGAAACGCUAGCGGCGGCCACCAGGCCAACGAGAGCCAAAGGAACGAUGGUUAACUUCAUUGCGACAACUGCUCCGGAUUAGAUACUUAGCUCCAAUGUCAAAAGACUGUUGAUUUCAGAAGCGUCGACCACAGCUUUUAUAUCCAAAAAUUCGAUGAGUUUCGAUUUUCUAUUUUUUCCAUUAAGGUUUAGGUUAAAAUUUAAUUACUGCAUUUUGGUGAUGUGCUGUUUGCUAAAAAUUAAUAUUCGUCUCAUCUGUCUUAUAUUAUAUUUUACGUACCUGUGUGUUUGUACAGCUGUUGUCAGCUAAUUAGCCACGACACUUAGUAUAAUAUAAAAAAACCUUUUCCACUAAAACGCUUGUGUUCAUACUUUAUUCGCUAAUUUUAUUUAAACAUAUGGACAAUUUAAAAAACAAUAGAAAACAAAUUAUUCAAAAUUCAUGUUUCAAUAUUCAAUAUAUUUUUUUUUUUUGAUAAUGGAAAAUAUACGUAUAUAUAUUUGUAGUUAGUAUUUGGUUUUAUAAUCCUUGGUUUAUAACCCCGACAAUGCGCCACUUAUACUGUUUGCCAUGCGGUUCUUAUUUUAUCAAAAAGGCAUCAAUAUUUGGAAUUUUUUUUGCCACCGACGGCUCUUUAACGAGAUGUUCUAGUGUGUUAAAGUCAGAACCAAAUGAUGCUUAUUGCCAAAAAAGGUUCAUGACCUAGCAGUUUAGUUGAAGCUGCUGUACGAAGCAGUUCGUCCGCUGGCUUGUUACCUUCUAUCCCUUUAUGUCCCGGCACCCAGAUUAGGGGAACUCUUUUGUACGUUGAUAGAUAGUUAUGUCUAUCUAUGCAUUCCCUGACCAAGCGGGACUUAAAUGCCUGCACCUAUGCCUUCAGAUGUUUUAGAUCCGUCAGUGUACCAGUGCAGCGCGCAGCUUUUGAGUAACGCCUCGAAUGCUCGACUGCCCCCUUCACCUAUAUUUCCUAAGGUGAUCUCAAAUCUCCUAGUAAAAAUUGUCUCUCUCAUGUGUCAUAGUCUCUGGGAAGAACAGCUAGAGAAAGCAUCUAGUCGAUCUCCAUCUUGUUCCUGGAUGUUAUGAUCCUUGCCACUGCUCCGUACGUGAUUAUAGGUCUAACUAUUAUGGUGUAUACCCAUCUAACGAGUGUGGACUGCAGCCUCAAGUCCAGCACACCAUAAGUGCCUUGCUAGCUUUGGCAACCGUAUUGUCCACAUGUAUAUUUCAGCGAAGUGAAGAGUCCAGUGAUAUUUCACCUCGUUAGAAAACUCAUCACUUCCGCUAAGCUUGGUCCUUAGACCCAACAGGGUUCUACGUCUAGUGAAUGGGACAAUGGUUGUUUUUGCAGGGUUGAUGCCUAGCAAACCAAACUAAACUACUAAUCUUUUCUUGAAAUAAAAAUGUAUAUCGAAUAUAAAUCUGGUUUCGCUCAAGUAGACUUGAUUAUUGUGAGAAUUCGACUUCAUUGAUUACAGAUUUGAGAAGGUCAUGUGAUGACUUCAUUUUCUGAGAUUCUCUCAUUUUCACUUCCAUUUAUCUAAUUAUUUCCAGAUUGUUUUUAAAUCCCUAUUCAAUAUGCCGCAAGCGGCUUCAUAUUUUAUACGCGCUUUUGCCAAAACUUUCAGUACUUAUCUUUACUUUUAAAUAGCUUUAAGUAACUAUUCCAGAACAUACACACAUAUUUAAGUUUUGAAUUGCCUUGGCAAUUAGUUGCAUUUUUUUUAUUUUUAUUUUUAUUUGCUUCAUUACAACUUAAUGACUAAAUUUACACUUGAUGUUCAAUGCAUAAGUAGGCGUUAGAACCUCAUCACAGUGCUUUUGAUUGACAAGAUUUCCAUUAUUUCCUUAAAAAUAGCCAAUUUCAUAUCGUUACGUCAUCGGUCAGACUCAACUGAUCACGCGCUCUAAUUGAAGUAUUUGGUGUAGUAAUGAUUGUAGAAGUUGUAAUCGAAAUGACCGUAGUUCUUGUAGUUCUCGUAGUAUUGUUUCAAUGUAUCAUUGUGAUAGAUGCUCACAUCCUUGAAGUAAACAUUGGGUACGAAGAAUUGCGACUCAUCGAUGGGACGAUCGAAUGGAUAGCCGAAUGGUUUGCUAUCAACGUGACGUGCACCGGAACCAAUGCCGCAAUAGUAGGUGUAAUCAAAGUUAGCAUACUGUUCGACAGUGCCAUCGUAGGGGGCAACGAUGAAGAAGAACUGUACUGGGAAACCACUCUCCCAACCCUUGGGUAAGAUCAGACGAUCUGGGAAUCCGCAGUGUGGUUCGCUAAUGUCCAAAGGCAAUUCGUAUUUACCGUCGUAGGCAGCCAUCACAUAGUGAUACAAUUCGGUGUAGGUGGUGCGGUCCUUAACAUUCCAGUAGAAUUCUUCAGAUGAACGUUUGAUGACAUUCUCGCCAGCGACCACUUCAUAGACGAAUUCAUCCAAUUCAAUGAAGUUCAUGCGGUUAUCACUCAGUGGAAUAAUACGUCCAUAUUCGUCGAAUUUAGGACCCAAAAAUGUACGAAUGACAACCUUCUGUGCCUUAUCGGAUUCAACAGUAAGGUCGUAGUGGAAUGGUUUGUGAUUGAGACGAAUUUGACGAGCCAACAAUGAUUUGUCCCAUACGAAUUUACCAUCAUCGAAUACCAUUUUGUCGUUCAACAAGUUGGUAACAUCAAUAUCAACCAAAUCGAAAUAGGUGACCAAUUCACUAACGCUGGCAUCCUUAACUUGAACUCCAGGGGCUUCAAGUUCGUCGUGUGUGUAUGGGUGGAAGUGAUAAUUGAAACGAUAGUAGACAUCGGUAAUUACCUUGUAGAAGCUGUAAAACAUUGGAUCACGCAUCAUGGUUUCGAAGUUGAGGAAUACAUUGGGAUGUGCAUCAAAAUCGUUAUAGUCCACAUCAGCGAAGUACAUAUGGCUCAACAUAUACCAAUAGCUGAAGAAGUAUUUGUCGAAGGUAUCGACAUUCGAUUGCAUGUAACUUCCGAUGUACUCAAUAGAUUCCGGUUUGCGCAUAUCGAUUUUGUGUCCAUCAACGGUGGUGUAGUAUCCGUAGUCGAUGAUAUCAUAGAUACGCUUGAGGGCGCUUUGGAUUUGGUUCAACAAGUCGUAUUUGCCAUAAGAUUGACGAUGGAAGUAAUUGCUGCGGGAGCUGAAACCAACACCAUUGUAGGAAAUAAGUUGGGAAUCAUAUCCAUAUUCGUAAGCGUGAUUCCAGGAGAAU